AUGAGGCUUCUAAGCCAAGUAGUUCUUUUGGCAACUGCGGUGAGUGCCGAGGAAGUUCUUUUGGGAAAUACCUUCGAAGGCCGCCCAAUACUAGCCCAUAAGCUUCCUGCGAGAUCUGUAUCGACCGAUCCUGCGCACGUUGUUGUAGAAUGCGGCUCGCAGGGCAACGAUUGGAAUGCUGUUGCUUUUUGCGAGAGCUUAGUUACGUAUUUGAGUAGUAGCGACUCCGAAACAUCGUCACUCAGCCAGGUGGAUUGGACCAUCAUUCCAAAAUUGAAUCCAGAUGGAUACGAAUAUUCCAAAUCGGUCGAUUCAAACUGGAGGAAGAAUCGAAAGGCUUCUAACAUUGGAUGCGAUGGAGUGAAUAUUAUGCAUAAUUUUCCAGUCCAUUUUUUCAAUAACGUCAAUUCAUGUGGGCAAGACUUUUCUGGAACUACUGGAGCAUCGGAAGAGGAAACUCAAGCACUCCUUAGUGUUUCAGCCUUCGAUGCGUUUUUCUCCGUCAUGGACGAGGGAGAUAAAGUGGUGUUCCCAUUUACUACGUCUUAUCUGAGCAACGAACAUGAAGAUCUAAAAGAUGUGAAAACAGCGGCGGAGGGGAUUGCUAGAUUCAUGACCACGUCUUCUGGCGAUCGAUACCAAGCCGUGGAAGCUUUGGAUUACGAAGCUACUCAUAAUCCUGGAUCGAUUCUCGACUGGGCGUAUACGAAAACUAAUUACGCAUUCGGUGUUUUUAUGGACUCAACAAAGGAGGAAGCCAACCAACCCAUUCAGCAACUGAAGCUCAUUUCUGCACUAGAAAGCUUCGUCGAAAAUUAUUUAGCGAACAGACCAGUGGUCAAAAAGGACGACAAUGCUGGCUGGCGAGGGAUUUUUGAUGGGCCAAAUGUGGAAGUUUACAGAAAAAUUCCAUUCGCAAAAGCGCCGAUCGACAACCUUCGAUUUCGACUACCAAGUGAACCGAAGGAUCUUUCCAAAAUUUCAAAUAAUCAGGGCUCUGUCGCGUGCAUACAAUCGAAUACGCUUGUGCCGUCUGAAAUGCAGUCUGAAGAUUGCUUGUAUCUAAAUAUCUACAAACCAGUGGAGCCGUCAGCUGAGAAAUUACCAGUCAAGUGA